UUCACUUUAUCUCGCCAGUCGCAGCCGUGAUGGGUCAAGAAGAGGCUGUUGAUUAGGAAGCAAAACAGCCCGACUGAAGCCAUUUGAAUCGUUUUAUUCCGUCUUUGCGCUGCUGACAUGUUGCCUGUGGUGGUGGUGCAUGGAGGGGCAGGCCACAUCCCCAAAGAGCGGGCUGAGAACUCCACCUCGGGGGUGUGCUCAGCUGUGCGUUUGGGCUACCUCGUCCUGCAGGAAGGGGGCAGCAGUAUGGAUGCUGUUGUUGAGGCGGUGGUCCAGCUGGAGAACAGCCCGUACUUUAAUGCAGGGUGUGGUUCGGUGCUGAAUGUCAAGGGGGAGGUGGAGAUGGAUGCCAUUGUGAUGGAUGGGAAAACAUUAGACAGCGGCGCAGUGUCUGCAGUACGCAACAUCGCCAACCCCAUUCAGCUGGCACGGCUGGUCAUGGACAAGACCAGUCAUGCAUGUCUGACAGCAGAAGGAGCCAGUAAAUUUGCUCGCUCUAUGGGAGUUCCUGAGGUGCCCCAGGAGUCCCUCAUCACCGAGUACUCCCGCAUGCGCUGGAAAAAGAACUUGGCACCAGAAGCCAACCCUGUGGAGUGCCAAAUGGGGAAAAUGGGCACAGUCGGCGCUGUGGCAGUUGAUAAAGAAGGCAACGUUGCGUGUGCAACCUCCACCGGUGGUAUGCUGAACAAGAUGGAAGGUCGAGUGGGGGAUACCCCAUGCAUAGGAAGUGGAGGUUACGCCGACAACCUGUCAGGAGCCGUGUCCACGACCGGUCAUGGAGAAACCAUCAUGAAGGUCAUGCUGGCCAGACUCAUUUUGUUUCACAUGGAGCAAGGUCAGUCCGCUGAGGCUGCCAGUGAUCUGGGGCUGGCUUACAUGAAGUCCAGAUUGGGGGGGCUGGGGGGGGUUGUGACUGUGGACCCCCGAGGCAACUGGGCCGCCCGUUUCUCCAGCCAGCAGAUGUCCUGGGCCGCAGCUCAGAACGAUACUCUGCACUACGGCCUGUACACUGGAGAACAUUUCAGACGGAGCAUCAGGGACACGCACUGACCCAAGAUUUCCCACCUUUUUAUUUUAAAAUAAAUGAAACAAUCAGUAGGAUUUUUAUACACAUGGAAGAUCAACAAUGAAGUUAACACGGUUCUCAAACUGAUCUGGAGGUUCCACCCCAGCUCGGUUCUUGAAAGGAGAUCUGUCUGACAUGAAUCUGCUGUUUCCAAACCGAGACACUGACAGGAAUCACCUCCAGCUGCUCCUCUGUUAAUCAGCUGCAACCUUGUGAUUUUUAACUACUCUUAGUAGAUCAGUUACGGUCAGCUUAAAAAAAAAACUUACAGAAAUAAUCAUUUUUAUCUUUUACUUAUUAAAAACAGCAGUAGGUUACUACAUCGCUGUCAAUAUGUGACACUUUAAUGGAACAUUGAAUGGAUUUAAGGUUCUGCUGCUUUUAGUUUAAAUUUGACCAGUGUUACUUCUGUUUAAUGGACUUCUUGGUACUGACUGACUUGGGUUUUAUUUUGAUUUAAAAAUUAAAAUAUAUAAAGCUUGUGCUGAAGAACUGCUGAUUUGAGCCUGUUUAUGAAAAAUGCUGAAAUUGCACAUCCAUUUGAAACAGUAUCUAUAAAGAAAUGAUUGUAAUGUUGGGGUUUGUUGGGGUUUUUCUAAAAACCGUGAAUGAAACCAGCCUUCAAACUGAAAAUCAUGACACUCCUGUUAUUCAGCUAUCUCCACUAGAUGGUGCUGUUUUGUAGACAGAAAACUGGUUAUUUUCAAACAAUGACUAAAAAUUGUCUGUAUUUACACUAUUUUGUUGUUUUGUUUCAUACUUGUAUGUGUGACUUCAAAUUAAAGUAUUCUAUAUUAUCUGUUGGA